AUGGGUGAAAACGCUGUCAACGGCGAGAAGGUCCACUCGCACUUCCUCGACCACCUCACAUCCUACCCCGUCGUCUCCGACUCCAUCACCGUCUUCAAGAGCAACAAGUACGGCGCCAAGUCGAUACAGUACGCCGACCAGAGUUAUGACCGCAUCGCCAAGCCCGUCCUGCCCUACUUCUCCAAACCCUACGGCUACAUCGCACCCUACCUGGCCCGCGCAGACUCUCUCGGCGACCAAGGACUGUCUCAGAUCGACUCGCGAUUCCCGUUCAUCAAGGAGGACACCGAUAAGCUCCGGAACACCAUCUACGACAACGCCACCUACCCGGUGCGAGUCGUGGGCGAUGUCAAGACCCAUGUCUUUGACACCUACGGAUCCGAGUAUAAGAAGUGCGGCGGCGACGGCGUGGUGGCCAGCGGCAAGGCGCUGAUCACGACCAGCCUGGUCCUGUCGCAGGAGUCCCUGGGCUUCCUCAGCUCCUUGCUGCAGGCCAAGAAAGAGCAAGUAAAGGAUGUGGACCCUCCUCCUUCGCACCCCUCAAACUCCUCCGAACCAGAAUCAUCCGCAGGCUCCGAAGCAGAACAAGACCAAGGACCAACCCCUCAACGCCGUCGCACAACAAACCAAACCCAAGCGUCCGCCUCCGACAGCGACGACGAUGCAACCCACCACCCGAGCAGUACAGACGUGAUGGUGAAGAAGAUGGUCCGACUGGCCCUGGCCUGCGAGUAUGCGCGGCUGCCGAUUCGCAGGGCGGAGAUCGGGGUGAAGGUGCUGGGCGAACAGGGCACAAGACAGUUCAAGGUGGUGUUUGAGGCGGCGCAGAAGGUUUUGAGGGAGAAAUUUGGUAUGCAGAUGGUGGAGUUGCCGGUGAGGGAGCGGGUUACGAUUCAUGAUCGGCGGGCGGCCCAAAAAGUCGAAAAACCCUCAUCAAACAAAUCCUGGAUCGUGGGGAGUACAUUACCCGCCGCGUACCGACGUCCUGAGAUUCUACCACCGACGAAGGCCCCGUGGGAGAGUACCUAUACCGGAUUAUAUUCGUUUAUUAUCGCGGUGAUCUUGCUAAACGGGGGAUCAUUACCGGAGCAGAAGCUGGAGCGGUAUUUGGCGCGGACGAACGCCGAUACGUAUACGCCGAUUGAUCGGACGGAUCGGUUACUGCAGCGGCUGGUUCGAGACGGGUAUCUGGUUCGCCUGCGGGAGAUGGAUGGCGGCGAGGAGGUUAUUGAGUAUAUGGUGGGACAGAGGGGGAAGAUGGAGGUUGGGAGUGUGGGCGUGGCCGGCUUGGUGAGGGAGGUUUUUGGGAGUGGGAAUAUGACGGCGGAGCAGAGGGAGGAUUUUGAGGGGAGGUUGGCGAGGAGUUUGGGUCUCAAGCAGCCUGAACCGCGCGAGGAGGAGGAAGGGGAGGAGCGAAAUGGGGAUGUGGAGGGGGAGGGAACGCAGCGAAGACAGUCGCAGAGACGGAGGAGAACGGAGGAAGAAGAAGAAGAGGAGGAGGAGGAGGAGGAGGAGGAGGAGGAGGAGGAGGAGGAAGAAGAGGAUGAGGAUAGUGAUUGA